AAUGUUGACACAAUUGUUUCAUAAGGACAACAUCAAUUUGAAUAAGUUAAGCGAGACUUUGUUAAAUCAGAAAGAGAUUGGAGCCAUAAUUAGACAGAUCAAUCAAGAGGAAGAUGAUGAUAGUGAUGAGGAAGAUUCUGAUGAAGACAAUGUUCUCGGUUUAAUUAGCUUUAUUAACCUCUCCGACGGAAAUCAUGCAAAUGCAGAAUGGUGUGGCCAACUUAUGGAAUAUUUCACCAAAUAUUUGACUGGAGAGAAAAAGUCCGAAAUUGAAAAAAUAAUCAAAGGAGAUGCAAAGAAAGCUUGGAUCAUCAACGAAAGAUUCGUUAAUUUGGGUUGGCAAUUAGCUGUUCCUUCAUUUGAACAAAUUUUUAAGGAACUCAAAGCCAGUAAAGUUGAUUUUGAAUGCUACAUGUUGAUCUGUAAAAUACUUUACCCUAAAAGACGGUAUAAGGAAAAAAAGAAAUCAAAGCAAGAUAAGGAAGAUGUAAUAUUUCUCAAUCCAGAAGAAGAACUGCUUGAUGAAUGUGCGGAUUAUCGUUAUGAGUUACAUGUUUCCAAUCAAUGCGAUUCAGACACAAUCGGUGGUGAUUGGGAUGAGGGAGAUCAAGAAUAUCUUCCUUGUCGUCGUGUAUUAAUUUUUUGUAAUCAAUCAUGGGUUAAAGCUAAUGAAAACCUGAAAAAACAUGCUGCUAAUCCCACCUAUAGCACUAAUAGUGCCAAAUGACUAUAGUACAAACUU